CGUCAUGCUUGAAGAUGAAACAGGAAAAAGGUUACCUGCAAAAACAGUGUUCUCACUUGCAAUUGAGUUGCUUAAGCGAGAUCUUCUGGAAGAUUGUCACAAACAACUUGCAGAUGACUUAUCAGAAGAUGAUAUUAAAUGGGUUCUAACAGUGCCUGCAAUUUGGAAUGAUGGAGCAAAACAGUUUAUGAGAGAAGCGGCAGAACAAGCUGGUAUUCCAAGGUCACAGUUAAAGAUUGCACUUGAACCGGAAGCAGCCUCUCUUUACUGUCGAUAUUUGCCCGUUCAGAAAGGCCAUGAAGAAAAUUCCUUAGCUUCAUUUAAACCGGGAACGAAGUAUAUUGUCUUAGAUGCUGGAGGUAGAUCUUUCAAAUAA